UAGGUUUACAUAUAGUAAAAAACAUUAACAAAUUUCCAAGAAAAAAAAAUCGAUUGUCAUAAGACGUCAACUUUUUUUUUCAUAGGUAAGAAAAAGACGACUAAGCAUUUUAUUCCAAUGGCAGCAUUACCCACCGUAAAAAGUGAGUUCGACGUUACGACAAAGAAUUAUUGCGUUAAAUUCAAACUAAACCCCGAUCAUCAUACGUACUUUAAAUCAAAGGAUAAUUUUUCUGACGCUUGUCUUCCAAAACACGCCAAACACCAAUCAAUUGUCGAACUUGUAGAAAGUUCAUUUAAAUUAUGUGUAAAACUGCAGAUUUCAACAAUACAUACAAAAUAUAGCAGAAGACUUGGAAGCGGAUGGAUAUGUGGUGUAAAUGAAUCAGGACCGGAUCAAUAUAAAAUAAGAAUAGUAACUGCGAAACAUGUGAUAGGAGCUGACUUUAAGAAAAUCAUAAUAUCCGUUCAACUGUACUUUCACAGAUUCGACCAAGGUGACAUAGAAAAAACUGACAGGAAUGUUGAGCUAUUUGCUUCAGGUCAAAUCGAAUCAUGUGGAGAUGACAUUUGUUGUUUUGAAUGUUGUUCUGAUCUUGGCACAUUCAAUAAAAUCAAACAAGACCUAGAAAAACAUCUUAAAAGUCUAAAUACAUUUAUUAAAUAUAAUCAAUACACCAGAGAUAAAAACAAAGUAUGUUUCUUGUUAUCUCAUCCACAUGGGUGUAUAUGCUAUGUGUCUAUCGGAGAAAGGUAUAUUCAAAACGAUGAUGGUAGUGAUGAUGAAGAUCCGAAUAAAGAGAUAACGUACACUAUAGCUUCUUGUCAAGGAAGUAGCGGAGGCUAUGUGUUAUAUCUUGGACUGAACAAUGUUAAAACUAAGAGAAUUCAUCUAAAAAGUAGAUCACUUUUCAGUAUAUCUAGUAAACCUAUUUUGGAAAAUAUGAUUUUGAAAAGUGACUGAAAUUGAACUAUUUUAAAGAUAAAUAUAUAAAACUAUAUCAUAAUUUCAUCCAUAGAUAUACUUUGAUUAUAUCUUUUAAAUAUUUACCCUUCAAGAUUUAAAUCCAACAACCAUUUUUCUGGGAAAUGAAAUGCUAAGAAACAUACCAACAUUAGAUUUAGAAAUAUAAAAUAUAAUAUAC